UAGUUGCUGCCCCUACACUAGGAUUAGGAAACUCUCCUCUCUCUAUGCUUUAGCGCUCAACCGCCCUCCCUUUUCCUCCCUCUUCUCCCGCAGUGCGUUAACCAGCACAUCCCUACACGAGAGGCAUAAAUGCGCUCAACACCCCACCAGCCAAUCAAGAGCCGGUUAACGCACUGCGGGGAGAGAGGGAGCGAGAGCACUAAGCAUAGAGAGAGGAGUUUCCUGAUCCUAGUGUGGGAACAGCAACUAGUGACAGCCUUUGUUUGGUAAGAGCCAGAAGCUCAGAGCUAACCCUGUUUUAUGAGAGUGGACCGUACAGAGGACAUCUAUAACCCUCCCUUGAUUUAGCUUCAAGGGAAGGGGCUUGGUCAUCAAGUCAAGUGAGGGUAUUAGGGAUGGUGCAGACUCGACAAACCGGCUUCGUUGUUAACACUUGGGGGUGUGCAGAGGAGAGUCCUUGGGAUUAAGGGCUGGAGGAAGGCUUUCGGCUGGCUGGUGGUAAUCUUUACAGAGAACAAGGAGAGGCUGAUGUGACCACAGAGUACACCAAUGGCUUCUUCACCCCCUCCAACCUCAGUGCCUAUGUCCAACAUGGCCUCUAAGAUGGAGGAGGAAGAGGAAGGUAUGAAGUUUGACUUUGACAACAGUGACGAAGAGUGCAGUACGACACCAGCGAACUCUGUCUCUACCAUGGCCAAGGGCUUUGAAGCCACUGUGAUGGCGGGGCUUGCAUCAAAAAGGAACACAAUGGGCCCUAGUUCUGCCCAAGACCCAACAGUAAAGCCAAGGCUCAAUGGAUGGCCGUCUGCUGGAAAGGAGGACCAGAGCAUGCACUCACUCCCUCAUUCCAAUAGCUCAGAGAUGGCUGGAAGAAGGUCUCCUGAGGGCCGCUCUGAGCUGGGACUGUCAGGAGACACAGAGGGCUCUGGGAGAAGAAAUAGCAUUUAUGAAGCAGGAUCUAUGAAUGAGUGCUACUACACCCCUAUCUUAAAGGCUGACCACAUAGACACUCAGACAGGGAAACCUCCCCCUAUUCUUGAUGUAGGAGGUCCAGGUGAUGCAGCAAGUCCUGAAAAUGAAAAUGUGUCUAGUCCAGAGGGCCUGCAAAGUCCAGAUGGUCUGGCCUGCACAGACAGCCCACCCAGCCCCACCAGUCCCGAUAACGUCAUGACUGAUCCAACCCUCCGCCAUGACAUGACCAACUCGACCAGCCCUGAUGACAUCAUCAUGACUAGUCCAGAGGCCAUCUUUAGGUCCAGUCGUCCAGAGGUCAUCUAUGAUGACGUGCCCUGUGAGAGCCUUCUCUCUCCUCUGGAAGAUGACAUCUACGAGGACGUCCAGAGGCCAGAAAGCCAUCAUGGCACCAACAACGGCUGGAGCGACAGUGAGUUUGAGAGUUAUGAUGAGCAGUCAGACAGCGAGACCAAAAUACCCACUGUUGCCCGAAGCAGUAGUAAGCUUUCUCAGGACAUGUGGCGACUGAAAGAGCGCUGUGCCAAGACCAAGCAGGAUCUGGCCAUGCGCAGCUGUGACUUCAAGGUCCAGAUGCUGAUGAAAGCAGCGAGAAAUGGCACCAAGGACGGACUGGAAAAGACAAAGUUAGCUAUGAUGCGUAAAGUCUCUUUCCUGCAGAAAAAAGAAACCACGGAGGAGAGUGAUGAUGACGCUGGUUAUCUGGACGUGAUGGUGUCUGAAGUGAAGCACCCACCGCCCCAGCUGAGCCCUAUGCCAAAGGGGCUUAGCACCCAACAGAUUAUCAGACGCCACAUCGUUGGUUCCAUUGUACAAAGUGAGAGGAGUUAUGUGGACUCUCUCAAGAGAAUCUUAGUGGAGUACCAGAAGCCCUUGCUUGAGCCAGAGGCCCGGAUCCUGAGCGAUAAGAAGGUGCGGCCCAUAUUUUACCGGCUGCGGGAGAUCCUGCAGUGCCACUCAAUGUUCCAAAUCGCCCUGGCAUCCCGUGUGGCCGAGUGGGACCUCAGUGAGAAGAUCGGAGACCUCUUUGUGGCCUCGUUUUCCAAGUCAAUGGUACUAGAUGUGUACAGCGACUACGUCAACAACUUCACUAACGCUAUGGCGCUCAUCAAGAAAGCCUGCAUUUCCAAGCCAGCUUUCCUGGAGUUUCUCAAGAAGAAGCAAGUGUCAAGUCCUGACAGAAUCACGCUUUAUGGCCUUAUGGUUAAACCAAUCCAGCGCUUCCCUCAGUUCAUCCUGCUGCUACAGGACAUGCUGAAGAACACUCCCCGGGCCCACCCUGACCGCCUGCCCCUGCAGUUGGCCCUCACUGAGCUGGAGACGUUGGCCGAGAGGCUGAACGAGCAGAAACGAGUCGCUGACCAGGUCGCUGAAAUCCAGCAGCUGGCACGCAGCAUUGGUGACCGUCAACUGAGCAAGCUCUUGAACUCAGACCAGAGGCAGCUGAUACUGUGUGAGGUACUGAUUGAGACAGUGUACGGGGAGAAAGGACAGGUCCUUAAGUCCAAGGAGCGCAAAGUUUUCCUGCUGAACGACACCCUCAUCUGUGCAAACGUCAACGUCAAGGGUCCCCCUGAUAUCAGCAGUCUAGUUCCCAUUGGUCCUAAAUACACAGUGAAGUGGAGUGCCCCCUUGCUGCAGACGCAGGUAGUGGAGGUGGGACAGGAGAGCUUCCAGAGCAAAGAUACUGGGAAACGGCCAAACGUUGCUAAUGUUCCAGGUAAAGUGUUCCUGGGCCCUCCCAGACUGUACCAGGAGCUGGAGGAGCUACAACACGACCUGUAUGUGGUUGAAAGCAUCACCCUGCUGGUGGGGACUUUACAAGGCACCUACCAGAACCUGAACACAACAGUAGGGCAGGACUGGUGCCUUGCACUGCAGAGGCUCAUCCACAUCAAAGAUGAACAGAUCCAGUGUGCCAACAAGUGCCGCCUGCGGCUGGCUGUGCCAGGCAAGCCUGACAAAUCUGGACGACCGGUCAGUUUCAUGGUGGUUUUCAACACUCCCAGUCCCCUCAGCAAGAUCUCCUGGGUCAACCGCCUACACCUCGCCAAGAUAGCCAAGAGGGAAGAGAACACGCCAGGCUGGGUGUUUGCAGAGGAUGAUGGGAAGACUAGACAUCCAUUUUGGUGUCCCCUGCUAGCCUGCCGACUUCCCAUCUUCUCCUCCAAAACACAAGACCAAAAGCUGGAGACGGCCCUUCACAACCCGGUCCAAUGUGCCCUGCUGGCAUUCUCUGCAGCCAGCACCUCUCUGCCGCAGGGCUACCUUUGGGUGGCCAGUGGAGGUGACCGCAACCAUGGUCAAGUGGAAAUCUUCUCUCUGAACCGCUCCAUGCCGCGCAUGGUCAAGUCCAUCCAGAUGGGGGCGCCAGUCCUGUGUCUGGAUCACGUGAUGGAGCCUUGUCCCACAGAGGAGGAAGGGGAGGCGGAGGCUGCUGUCACGAGCACAGCCAGGACUGGCAACACCAUCUGUGUAGGCCUGCAGGAUGGCAACAUUCAUGUGUACGGUACCGUGGACACUUCGACCCAGUGCCUGCUGACCUUCUCCAACCCAGACAGUUGUCCAGUUCUGUGCCUGAAACACUCUGCCUCCUUCCUGUUCGCUGGCCUGGGGAAUGGAAAAGUGUCUGUUUAUGCUCGGAAGAGUGGAGAGGGGCUGUGGGACCCUGAAUCGUGCAGGCUGGUGACUGUGGGCAGUGGCCCCAUCCGCACCCUCCUAACCCUAGAGAAUGCUGUGUGGGCCAGCUGUGCCAACCACGUCACCGUCAUCCAGGGCUCCAGCCUCCACACACAGAGUUUUGACGCGCACCCUGAGCCACUGGUCAGUGUGAGUCACAUGGUGCGGGCGGGGGGAGGGGUGUGGAUGGCCUUCUCCGAGGGCUCAUCCAUCCGCCUGUUCCACACGGAGACACUGGAGCACCUGCAGGAGAUCAACAUCUCCACACGCUCCACCUUCCUCAGCCCAGGGCAGCAGGGCAGCGUCCGGGUCACCAGCCUACUCAUUUGCCAGGGGCUGCUGUGGGUGGGCACUGCCCAGGGCAUCAUCGUUACCCUGCCCGUGCCCAAACUGGAGGGUAUCCCCAAAAUAACAGGUAAAGGGAUGACGUCUCUAAACGCUCACUGUGGCCCUGUGGAUUUCCUUGUGGUCACCUCCAGCACCCUGUCCCCAGACAUGCUCAAACGGGAUUCUGUCUGCGAGACUGCCGACCAGGCCAAUGGGGGAGCGGGAGGAGGAGAGGGUGGGGAGCGGAGGAAUGAAUUGUCCCAGGAGUCACUCUCGCAACCUGACUGCUCCUCCCCUCAGGGAGAGCCCACCAAGGCCAAGGGAAUGCUGCUUCAGUAUCGCCUCCGCUCAACCACCCAGCUGCCCGGCAAGCUGCUGACAGCCGAACCCGACCAGAGCCCAUGUGACGCCCCACCGGAGACCCCGGAGCACAGCCCUGAGGACGGCUCUAUCUACGAGCUGAGCGAGGACCCUGAGGUAUGGGUACGGGGGCAGCCCCCGGCCAGGGAGGGGCGUGGGAAGGACAAGGUGACCUCGGCUGCCGUCUUCUCCGGAGGCAGGGGGUUCCGUCGACUUGGGGAGGAGACUAUAGCAGCCAAUGGGGACCCAGAUGAAAGUACGCUCAUGGUUUGGCAACUCCCACUAACAGUGAGUCCAUGAGGAAACAAGACUGAUUGGACGAGGCGAGAGCUGGCUCCGCAAGGCUCCUCCCACUCGCCUGAUGUAUUGCGUGCUCUAUGAAGAAGAGACUAUUAAACAAUAUAUAUUCAGGAUGACUAGACUGUCAGGAAGGGCUAUACAGGAUGGUACAUUCCUCUACAUUCCUCUACCACCUUGGUGGUUGGAUUUCUGGAUGGAUUUCUGAGGGAGUAGUGGUGUGCUGCAAACUGUGUUUGACAUGUUUCAGGACCUCACACACACUCCUCCCAGCAGAUGCUUCUUCAGUCUGGCAGAUAUAGACCAGGGGGUCUCGUCAAAUGGAAUUUGAGGAGGUUCACUCAACAUGAUUUUGCAUUUUGCACGUUCUUGAAAAAAGUAUAAUUGACAAGUGAUUGAAAAGUGACAGUUACGAAUGUUAGAUUUCGAUUGUCACUCUAAUUGACUCCUAUUGCCAGUGUAUCACGUGUGUUGCUAACACAGAACAUGACAGCUAAUGUUAAUGUUAAUGUUAGGGUGUAUGGGAGCAUGUUUAUAAAGUACUUCUAAACUCUUUACACCCCCCCCCCCCCCUUAAAGAGUACGUUCAUAUAAAGUGUUACCAGUUAACUUAAUGUAAAGUAGAGAUACAGUACACUGACAGGUAUCCCGCUUUUGGGGGAAAAAGCUAAAUCUACAUAUAACAUUUCUCUAAAAUCAACUUGAUGAUCAACAUACUGUGUAAUAACAUCUUGUCCUGUCUUUCUGUGAGAAUUUAGUCUAAUGUCCUGUUUUCCAUUUCAAUAAUCCAGAAGAUGUGAAGAAGAAAAAGCACCAAGGGAAAGAAUGUCUCAGCUACUUUAUGCUUGACAGGUACUUAUUUUGGACAGUGUGUUUACAGUGUGUUACUUUGUUAUUUGAAUAAAGAGAUCAUGGUCUGAUACAA